UGAGGGGACGGGCCCGGCACCGCCCCCGCCCCGGCUCCCUCCUCAUCCCGGCUCCGUCCCGCCGCCGCUCCGCGCCGCGCUGAGGCAGCACCAUGGCUGUUCUCUCCAAGGAGUAUGGCUACGUCAUUCUGACUGGGGCUGCCAGCUUUGUCAUGGUCACACACCUCGCCCUCAAUGUGAGCAAUGCCCGCAAGAAGUACCGUGUGGAGUACCCAACCAUGUACAGCACGGACCCUGAAAACGGGCAGAUGUUCAACUGCAUCCAGCGUGCGCACCAGAACACAUUGGAAGAUUACCCUGCCUUCCUGUUCUUUUUAGGCACUAGUGGAAUCUACCACCCGCGAGUGGCCACAGGGCUUGGCAUGACCUGGGUCCUUGGGAGAAUCAUCUAUGCCUAUGGCUACUACACGGGAGAACCCAAAAACCGAAGGAGAGGGUCCUUUGCUUCCGUGGCACUCCUUGGGCUGGUGGGCACAGCUGUCUAUGCAGUCUAUGAGCAGCUGGGCUGCCAGUUCGUCUGCAGAUGCUAAAGGGACUUUUCUGUUUUCUUUUAGAACACUUGGCUUCCUAUGUUUUUUUCCCUUUUCUUCCUCAAUAAAAGGAAGUUGUCCAUUCUUUAUUUUCA